AUGCGGCGUUUGGUCGGCACUUCGUGCCUGAUGACGGACCUGCUAGCUGAGGUCUUGGCUCGCAAACGCGCCGCCACCUAUCAGCGCCUCACUAUGCAGCUGACGCUGGAGGCGCUCUUGUCUGGUGCGAGGCGCAUGACGCCCUUGCGGGCGCAAGCACUUCUGCCAGUAAAUCCUAUGCACUUCUCGAGCCAGAGGACAGCUCCUCCUCGGACUUUGUCGAGUCGCCCGAGGGGGAGUCUUCGCCGGAGGUCUCCGACUCCGAUGGGGGAAACACGUCGAGUGGCGCCGACGAUCGGCGCGGAGCCGGCCAAGCGUCUCCGUCCCUCACUGUGCCACUCUCCGAUGCGAGUCUCGAGCUACUACCCCCUCAAGGCCUUCCCGCACCGCUAUGCUCAGAUGCUCGACUGCUAUCUCCAUGGCAUGCCGAUCUGCCAGUGUCCGACAAAAUGUGAUGGAUGUCAGCGCGAGCUCGAUCCCUCCGUUGCUGCACAUCAUCUCCAGACCUGCAAACGCCGAUCCUCCAAGCUUCCCACGGCGCAUGACAACCUUACUCGUACGAUUCGGUCGAUGCUGAACGAAGCUGGUCUUCAGAGCGUCAUCGAUACAGUCGGGGAUCCUCGUUCUCGACGGCAGAUGAAGGGCGAUAUCCACAUUCCUGGAAUCCGCGAUCGAGGGUCCGAGCAGUACGAGGGCUUGAUGGCGGACGUGACGUUGGUCCACCCUUACAUUGGUAGCUCUGCCGACCUGACCAAGUGGGGGGAGGUCAACCUCGACGCCCUCCAUGUUGCAGCGUCUGAGAAGAUUCGCAAACAUCGCGCUGCAUAUGCUAUGACUACCAAUAUAGGAUUUACUGGCAGAAGGACUACUCCUCCUCGAGCGUUCAUCCCUCUUGCCAUCUCGACGGACGGUACCCUGCAUCCUGACACCCUCCGCUUCAUCUGGUAUCUCGCGGACAUCAUUGCUCAGCGCUCGAUGCCUCUUGAGGAUGCGGCGUUUGGUCGGCACUUCGUGCCUGAUGACGGACCUGCUGCUGAGGUCUUGGCUCGCAAACGCGCCGCCACCCAUCAGCGCCUCACCAUGCAGCUGACGCUGGAAGCGCUCUUGUCUGGUGCGAGGCGCAUGACGCCCUUGCGGGCGCAAGCACUUCUCGAGCCAGAGGACAGCUCAUCCUCGGACUUUGUCGAGUCGCCCGAGGAGUCUUCGCCGGAGGUCUCCGACUCCGAUGGGGGAAACCCUUCGAGUGGCCCCGACGAUCGGCGCGGAGCUGGCGAGGCGUCUCCGUCCCUCACUGUGACGUCGGGUGCCUCCGGAGAGCUCGACACCAAUGCUGCUGGUCCGAGCUCGCCUGCUUCCUCCCCGGCAUCGGUCGGGUCACGCCGGUCCUUGGGCAUUGCCGCGGCGUCGCCGCCGUCACGGGCGGCUACCACUGACUCGGCUACCGCUGACUCGGAGGCUAGCGAGGAGGACUACCUCGAGCGGAACAAGCUGAACCGGCAGGCACACAGUCCACAGCGAGAAGCUGCGGACGUCUCGACUGACAGUGGUCAGUCGGCUGCCUCCGGGUAUCGCGUCUAA